AUGAGUACCAAUAGGAUGGAUUUCGAAGAUCAUGACUGGGACGAGGAUGGCGGCAGCUAUUCAGACAGCAGUGAGCCCGAUCUCGACGGCCUGAACCUCACGGAGAAAGACGAUGUUCUUGUUAUCGGCAUUGACUUUGGAACUACAUUUUCCGGAGUCGCAUACGCAACGGAGAGCGAGUUCCUCGCAAAGAACAUCAGUGUGAUCAGCGAAUGGCCAGGCUGCGGCCGUGAUGAGGGUAAAGCCCCGACUGAGCUCUUAUAUGAACAUGAAAACAGCUGGUGGGGUUAUGAUCUCCCUGAUGUGGGCGAUCCAAUCCGCUGGUUUAAGCUUCUCCUCCUCAACAAUGAGGAUCUCCAAGAAGGUGUCAAGUCCUCCGCAUUCUACCUUGCGACAAAAGAAAAGGUUCAAAGGGAGAACCUGAAGCCGGUCGACCUGGUCGCUGACUACCUACGGUUUCAAUGGAAACAUGCACUGGAAGUGAUUGAAAAAUCCCGUGGGGACCAGUUUCUACCCUUCUUGAGAUUUCACAUUAUGAUAACCGUACCCGCAAUUUGGAAGGGAUACGCCAGACAAAGCAUGCAGGAGGCAGCGGAAAAGGCAGGAAUAAUGGCACCUCGAGAUAUCGGCAAGACUAGGCUCAGCUUUGUCCUUGAACCGGAGGCGGCUGCGAUGGCGACUCUCACUGAUCCGGAACACCAGAGUUUGGUCAAAUCCGGCAAGAUGUGGCUUAUCUUGGAUGCAGGGGGUGGAACAGUUGAGCCCUAUGUGGUGGGUGGGGCCCUAUGUGGUGGUGUAUUGAUUGACGAAUGCUUCCAGCAGCUGUGCAAGAAUCGCCUCGGCCGACGCUGGUCGCAUCUCAGUCCCAAUGGUAUCAAAGAGAUCAUGGGCGAUAAGUGGGAAAAGAAAUACAAGCGCGAGUUUGUCCCAAAGCAAAGCAAAGAAGAAUAUCCAGUUCCCAUUCCCGCCGAGGCUUACAAGGGCGGUGAUAAAGACCUUAUGGAAGCCCUUGCAGAGUCAUUCGCCCGUAUUGAUGAACUGGUUGAUGAGCAAAUCAGUAAGACCAAACUCACUCUCCAGGGGAUUAUCCUCGUCGGUGGGCUAGGGUCAAGCCCAUAUCUCCAUCGGCAUCUAAAAGAGAGGUACUCGAAGGCCCGAUUAAACGUCAUCAAAUCAACGGGAAUGAAGCCACGAACAGCAAUUUGCCGUGGAGCAGUCUACAAAGGUUUUGCUCAAGAUCAAAGCAUGGGUGCAGAGGAUGAUGACGACGACUUUAGACCUCAACGUGUCGCUCCCAUUACCGUGACAUCAACCAUCUCUCGCUACAGUCUCGGGAUGCCGCACUAUCAAAAAUUCGAUCCCUCGGUACAUAGCAAGUCCGAACCGGAUUACAAGUGGCAUGAUGAUGAAGGUGCUUUUAUAAUCGAUAACCGAGUCACGUGGUAUAUUCGAAAGGGAGAGAGCGUUUCCAAGAUCGACCCCGUGCGACAUUCCUGGGCGCGCCUCUUGAAAAAGAGUUUCCAAGGAAGCUUCACCGAGAGACUGGUUCAAUGCGAUAGCAGUGAUCCCCCUCACCGCUGUGAUGACGCUGUGAAGCCCUCGUGCGAUCUGAAGGUCGCCAUCGAUGUGAAUAUAUCUAAGCUCAAAGACUUCACCAGCGCCGAUGGGAAGAAGCAGAACAAGAAACUAUUCUAUGAUGUGGAGAUGGUCCCUUCCGGGGCUGCGAUGGAAUUCAAUUUCUACAUCGACGGUAUCAAGCAGGCUUCUCACAACAUCAAAGCCGAAUAUGACUAG